AUGGCGACGCCCAGUAAGCAAUACAAGGCCAUUGGAGAGGAUCUUUGGAAGAGCCGCACGGAGAAAGUCAAUGCAGAGCUGUUCGCGUUGACAUAUGGCGCACUCGUCGUGCAGCUGAUCCAAGACUACGAGGACUACGGGGAGGUGAAUAAGCAACUAGAGAAGAUGGGAUAUAAUAUCGGAACGAGGUUAAUCGAAGAUUUUUUGGCAAGGAGUUCGGUAGGGCGGUGUUCUGAUUUCCGUGAGGUCGGGGAAGUAGUGGCUAAGGUUGGCUUCAAAUCGUUUCUGAAUAUCACUCCAACGGUGACCCAUCCACCACCGACAUCGAGACCAACCAGUGUCCAACAAACUAGCAUACCGACCUCGUCCUUCAUCCUCACCUUGGACGAGAACCCGCUAGCGGAGUUCGUCGAGCUACCAGAGGAAGCGCUUGAAGGUGGCUUGUGGUUUAGCAACGUUCUGUGCGGAGUACUGAGAGGGGCGCUGGAAAUGGUACAGAUGCAAGUGCAAGCAGAGUUUUUGUCGGACGUGCUACGGGGCGAUGAGACUACAGAAAUACGCGUCACUUUGCUGAAGUACCUGGAGGAGGAAGUGCCGAUGGGAGAUGAAUAG